AGGCGAAAAAAAUGAAAUCAAAAUUUGAAACCAACGACCUACAAAUCUACCAUCUUCUCAUCUCAUCAUAAAAGACAACGCACCCGCGACAAAUCUCUUUCUCGAGAUUUAUUUUCUUCGUAUUAUUCACAUCACUGUCAACUGAGGCGCGCGCACAUUUCAGCGCGUCAACUCUGUCACACCACAUUCCACAUCACAGCAAACUCAGCAUCCAAAUUCAAACCGCAAUCAUGGCCGACAAAGGUCUUGAAGAAGUCCCAGAGUCUCAAAUCGAGUCCAACUACGAUGAAGUUACCGAUUCUUUCGAUGCCAUGGGUCUCAAACCCGAUCUCUUGCGCGGUGUCUAUGCAUAUGGUUUUGAAAGACCGUCCGCAAUCCAGCAGCGUGCCAUCAUGCCGGUGAUCAAAGGCUCGGACGUGAUCGCGCAGGCGCAAUCCGGAACCGGCAAGACGGCUACGUUCAGCAUUUCUUGCCUGCAGAAGAUCGAUCCGAACCUCAAGGCGUGCCAGGCGCUCAUCCUCGCCCCGACACGAGAGCUGGCGCAGCAAAUCCAAAAGGUGGUGGUGGCGAUCGGAGAUUUCAUGAACGUGGAGUGCCACGCUUGCAUCGGAGGAACAAACGUGCGAGAGGACAUGAAGGCGCUUCAGGACGGCCCACAGGUCGUUGUCGGUACCCCAGGGCGGGUGCACGAUAUGAUCCAGCGCCGAGUGUUGAAGACCGACAGCAUGAAGAUGUUCAUUUUGGAUGAGGCGGAUGAGAUGCUUUCGCGCGGUUUCACCGAACAAAUCUACGACAUUUUCCAACUCCUUCCCCAAUCCACCCAAGUCGUCCUCUUGUCCGCUACCAUGCCACAAGACGUGCUCGAAGUCACGACCAAAUUCAUGCGCGACCCAGUCCGAAUCCUGGUCAAGAAGGCCGAGUUGACUCUGGAGGGUAUCAAACAGUUCUACAUCGCUGUCGAGAAGGAAGAGUGGAAGCUCGACACCCUCUCUGAUCUCUACGAGACAGUCACCAUCACACAAGCCGUCAUCUUCUGCAACACCCGAAGAAAGGUGGACUGGCUCACCGACAAGCUCCAGGCUCGUGACUUCACAGUCUCGGCCAUGCACGGUGAUAUGGAGCAGGCUCAGCGUGACGUGAUCAUGAAGGAGUUCCGAUCGGGAUCGUCACGAGUUCUGAUUGCCACCGAUCUUUUGGCGCGUGGUAUCGAUGUUCAGCAAGUCUCGCUAGUCAUCAACUACGAUCUCCCCGCCAACCGUGAGAACUACAUCCAUCGUAUCGGACGUGGUGGUCGAUUCGGCCGGAAAGGCGUUGCCAUCAACUUCGUCACUGCCGACGAUGUUCGCAUGAUGAGAGAAAUCGAACAAUUCUACAGCACUCAAAUCGAAGAGAUGCCCAUGAACGUUGCUGACCUCAUCUAAUCACUCUAACUGGGCAUGUGGAUGGCGUUUGUUGCUCCAAUUGUAUGCGACUCCUCGAGAAAAGUGGGAUGAAGCCUGUCUCCGACUGCUUGGCUCAAGAUUGUCGCUCCACCACAAAAGUCAUGUUUUUCUUAUCAUGAGCACGGACGCGGUGAUAUCACAACCUGACGGCUGAGUUUCGCUUAUGUGGGCAGAUUUCGCUGGCGUUCUACUGCUUAAUGUCUAGCUGGCAAUCCGUUGUUGGCUGUCUUUGCAACACCAAAGAAUCCGAGUGCAUUCUCAUGUACAACGCAGGAACGAUGGUUUCUUUUGCUUCUUCACGAUAGAUAGGUAGAAAAUGAAAGGUUCACAUACCCCAAAA